UCAGCGUCGAUCAGGUCGAUGUUAUGGGUCUUAUGGGUGCUGUGUUAUGAUUUUGUAAAGAAGAGUGGGAAGUUAUGUUUUGGUCUGUUUGGAGGAUUAGUAGGGACUUCUUUUAUUUGUGUACAACUUUGGCAUAUUUUAUAUUUGUAAUUGACUGAGUUGCUGUUCCACAUUUAUAAGUGAAAAUGGCAAAGUGGGAGGGCUUUUCAGAGGAAGAUAUAAAGAAAGUUGGUGCAUGUGAACGUAAGGAAGGCCCAUCUCAUGAUCCACCCACAGUAUAUGUGGCAAAACACCAAGAAAAUGCUGCCCAGCACUCAGGGGUAAAAAAUGUGACAUGCUCAAGAAUGCUAUUGAAGUCACAGAAACCAGAAGACUCGGAUGGCCAUACUGAAGAAAUUCCAGCAGAAGCAUUUCUAUGUAAACCUCAGGCAGUGACAGAUAGUGCUGAUAGUCCUGAUAGUGCUGAAAUGGGCUCUGAUUCUGGCUGUGGUGUUUCCAGCAGCACCAGCCCAUUGACCACCAGUCCGAGCCAUGGCACAGUCUGCUUGCCAAUAAAAGAAGGUAAAAAUUAUAAAAUACUGAAUGCCGAAGAAGUUGGCAGUUCCUGCUUCUUGGAUGAGUUUCAGUCUAAGCAGAAGUUCAUGGAGGAGCAGAAUCGUCAGAGAAAGGAGCUUCUGACAAAGGCACUAGCUGACAGAAAAAGGCAAACAACUGCAGAGGCUGUUAGACUGCAACAGAUCCAAGAUGAAUUGCAGAAACUAGACGCACUCUUGAGCAAUGAUGUAUCUAUUCUUCGGGAUCAAAUUGAAGUUGCCAGCCGUGAGUUUAUGGAAGCACAGAAACGGUAUAGUGAAGCUGAAAAGGAGUUCCUAGAUGCCAAACUACUCCUGUUUGAGAGGCUGGAACGCAAGGAGCUGCUAACAGAACAUUUGUGCACCAUAAUAGAGCAAAAUGAAUUACGCAAGGCAAGAAAACUUUCGGAGCUCAUGAACAGGUUACAGCUUGGGGGACAUGAAGAUGACCAGAAAACAGCUGCCAAAAAUAUGACCUUAUUGCCACACUGUGCCUUGGAUGAAGUUUCAUACUCAGUAUGCAGCACUCUGAAGCCUAGGAAAGUGACAGAAGAGUCUGAAAUAUGUGAGAGAUCUGAAGCAGAGUGUGACAGCUCCCCAAUGGAAAUUCAGAAUUGAGUUUCUUUCCAGACCAGCUCUGAAACGACUCAGGCUCCUAUCCUAGGAUUCUUUCCUAGAGGAUAAAAUGAUGAUAGUAUGAAGCUCAUUUCCACCUAGUGUCAAGGUUAUGAAUGUGUGGAGCUUUAUCUUUGCACAUACACGUAUUAUGACAUGACGUCUGAACACUGGAAGUGUGCAGAGAAGCAUAGCAGAGCUGUCUGUUGCUAGACAAUGGCUAGCUGAAUUAUGUUUCCGCGACAACAAAUACUCUUGUAUAAGUCAAAGCGUUGCCCGGAGAUCAUCAUAUGUUUCGUGGCAACAGAGAAUAACAGAGGAAAAUCAACUGUCCGACUGGGUGUUCUGUAUUCUGUUUGCAUGAAGUUAGUUCAGUCCGACAUCCAGAGGGAGAAUUCGGGAGACUAGAGGCUCUUCAGAUUCAGCCAAUAGUGAGAGAUUCGUUAUCAAGGUAUUCAGUGUGUGAGCUGUAAUGUAAAUUGAACUGUAAUUGUAAUAGAGACGUCCAGUAAAUUCAGUCAUCAAAUCUAGGUCCCACAAUUAUCAGUCACGCUAAUUUUUACAAAUUCAUACUCAAAAAUAAAAUGGAACCAUGUCUCGUCGUAAGAGUAGAAGUGGAACCGCCAGUAAAAAUAUGCCUAGAAGACCACGCAAAUCUAUAGCAUUAGAAGAAAAAAUGGAAGUUGUUACAAGAAUUGUAUGUGGGCAGUCACGUCCUAUUCUUUAUAAGGAUCUAAAUAUGGUCUCCUCCACUGUAGCAACAACCAUGUAAAAUGCCGAUAAAAUUAAAAAGAAAAUGAAAACUGCUACAACUCUUAGAUGCUCAGGUGGUCCUGUGGUUGGAAAAAUGGAGCAGUGACUCUAAUUGUUGUUGUGUUUUUCGGU